CAUCGCCAUGCCGUUGCUCAACACCCUCAUGAAAUGGCUUCUAAUCUCGAUUGCCAUGUUGGCUGUUUUCUAUUUAUUUUCAUUUCGAAAUUUGAGUAGCAAAAAAAGUAACAUUUGGUUUCUGAUUGACCCCGCCAAUCUGUUGGAUAAGCAAAAAUCGAAAGUGGCGGACCAUCCGUCAAAUGUCGUACAGGAAUUCAGCAACGUGGACGCGUACGUUCGUUACACGACGUCCUUUUUGGCUUUGAAACCGGUUGUGGGCUCCCCUGCGUUGAAACCGGAAUUGGGACCUGUGAUAAACGAUGUGCGUUUCCAAUACUCGAUCAAGCCGUCAGUCUAUCGUUGCGAGAAGGUGAAUCUCUUUAUCAUCGUGAUUAGCGCUCCAGGAAACUUCGUGCAUCGCAAACUGGUUCGACGGACGUGGGGCGCUCAUUUGAAUGGGAGUAACCACCGCCAGCAACCAACAUCCAAAUUCGCUUUCCUAAUCGGAUUGACUAACGACACGACUGUCCAAAAUGCAAUUCGUAAUGAGAGCAUCAUGCACGAGGAUUUAAUUCAGGUGGAUCUAAUGGAUUCGUACAUGAAUUUGACUUUGAAAACAGUCGCUAUGCUUCACUGGUCCUCCCAUUUCUGCCCCAAUGCCAAAUUUAUCCUCAAAUGCGAUGAUGAUGUCUACCUUAAUGUCCGCCAUUUGACCACCCUCGUCAGCCGAUUGCCUUUGAAUAGUUCCACCAUCUACGGCUCGGCCGUAGAUAAUUUGAAGCCUACGAGACCGCGAGACGCCAUAUCUCUAGUCGUUGAUGAUGACGAUAAAAAAUGGGCCAUUAGUGAGGAAUUAUGGCCGUGGUCGACGUAUCCGACGUACGUGUCGGGCGGAUGUUACCUCAUUGACUCUGGCGCUAUCGCUGAGCUAUUAGCGGCGGUUCAAACGACGCCCUAUUUCCCGUUUGAGGAUCUCUACAUGACUGGAUUGUGCGCAAGGAAAGCCAACGUUCAAGUUUUAGCCUCUGAUAGGAUGUUGGGUGCAGUACUUGACGUCGUCGAAGACUUGUUGGAUGAAAAUCGGUGGUUAAUGAAGAAUUUUGUGGCGUGGCUCACCUCGUCAUCGGAUGAAAUGAUUGCAUCUCAUCUUGCCACUGAAAUUUACUUUAAUCAGAGAACUGGAAGAAAUCAGAAUGAUUUGCAAAUGCCGCAUUUUAACUGGUCUCACAUUUUAUUAGAGGGAUCCGCAGAAGAAGAAAUAAUUGCCGUUUAAUGAUAAAGCGAAUAAAGAUAUUUAUUUAUCGUUCGUAUUUUGCAGGAAACGCUUAUUCAUCAAAAUUAAUUGCGACUGCACUGUCGGUCCAUUGUUAAUUUUUAAUUGUUGAAUUUUUCAGUCUAACGCAAACGUUGACGCCAAGAUUGU